AUGAACUUCUUUAGGCACGUGAUAAGGAAUAAACUAAUUCUCGCAGAUCCAGAGUUGCAGAGCAGCCUAUACUCCUCAUCUGUCCUUGCCGAGCUGAACUCUGGACAAUCAUGUAAUCGUGUCCUGAAUAAUGCCAUUUCUCGGCCUCGUAUUCCGUAUGAAAUCAUCUUUGCUUGUGGUGGCUGGAAUUGCAAGAGAGACACACGAUUUAUUGAAACCUAUGAUAUAAGGGCAGAUAAAUGGUUCAUACAUACGAAAACUGAUGUCAUCGAACCUCGACAAACCCACGGUUUGUGUGCCUUGAAUAACCUCAUUUACGUCAUUGGUGGUUACGAUGACAGAGAAUAUUUGAACACAGUAUGUUGCUACAACCCGAUAACUCAGAAGUGGAAAUACUGUGCCUGCAUGCACCGCCCCCGAGGCGGGGUCAGCGUUUGCAGUCAAGAUGGUAAAAUAUAUGCAUUGGGAGGUUACAAUGGAAGAAUCGGAAUGAAUUCUGCUGAGAGGUACAGCCCAAAUCUCAAUCAGUGGGAAAUGAUUCCAUCAAUGCAUUGUGUACGAUCUGAAGCCAGCGCUGCUAGUCUUAAUGGCAAAAUCUACGUUGUGGGUGGAUUAAAUGAACAUGAAGGGCUGAGGUCUGCUGAAGUGUUUGAUCCCCAAACGAACGAAUGGACAUUUAUUCACUCUAUGGCCACUGUCCGGUCAGGACUAAGUCUUGUGGCAUACAAUAAUUAUCUGUAUGCUCUUGGAGGAUAUAACGGGGAUACCAUAUUGAAAUCAGGGGAGAGAUAUAAUCCUACGCGUUCCUCAGAGUGGCAACAGAUUUCUGAAAUGCACCAUCGACGCAAUAAUUUUGCGGCUGUUGUCUUGGAAGGUAUGAUUUUUGUCGCUGGAGGAGCCAAGUAUUUGCAGCCAAUUGCAGUUGUGGAAUAUUAUGACGUGGAUUCUGAUGAGUGGCAUAAGGCAUCAUCCAUGAACAUGAAACGGGAUGGAUUAAGUGCAUGCGUGUUGGCAGGCCUGCCAAAUGCAAAGGCAUAUUCCCAAGCAUCCAGAAUACAAGAGGCAUCAAGCGAUAACUCCACCCACUAA